GAUCAGAUUUCAUCCGCGCAUAGACCUGAUCAAAAUGUAUACGAUUAUUAUUAUUUUCGCGUUUUUUUGUAUGUUUUCUGUUGAAGGAUGCAUUCCAAUGACUCCACCUGAAGAACCUGUUGUAGUUCCAGUUCCUGUUUGCCCUGCUGGAUGGUUUUCAUUCCAACGAGCCACCGGAUUAUGGUGCUACAUAAUCGCAAAACCUCCAGCUGCUGGGUGGACUAGUCCCCAACAGUAUUGUCAGGAUAAUCAAAUGGGCUCUUUUGUCAAUGGAUUUGAAAGUGCCGCGGAAAGAACUCAAUUCCUUCAAGACGCACUUGCCGCUAAUUUGGCUCCAUCCCAGUUCCUUCACAUCGGAGCCAUCCGAUCGUGUGCUGCUCCUCCCUGUGCCACAACUGAUCCUUACGUCUGGCAAAACGGUGUCUCCAAUGACAACAAUUUUGCCAAUGACUAUAUACAAUUGUAUGAUGGGUCUGGUCAGUGCUUGUCUAUGGAUCUUGCAAAGAAUGGAGAGUACAAUGAUAUUACCUGUGAUGCUCUGACGGCUUACAGUUGCGGGAAAUAUGCUGCUUAAUUUAUAUAUUUGUAUUUAUUUAUUCAAUAACAUUUUUUAUGGAAC